AGCCCAAGUAAUUGACCCACCGCCAGGACCCAUAUACCCCUAAAACCCUAAUCGCUUCCAGUCUUUUAUUCUCAUUGCAACAGCGCCGUUCACUCUGCUCGUGAUCUCAAGCAACUGCUCCACUCUCCCAUCUCUCUCAAACUCUCGUAGGCAAUCAUGGGAAAGGUUCAUGGUUCUUUGGCUCGUGCUGGUAAGGUGAGAGGCCAAACCCCAAAGGUGGCCAAGCAGGACAAGAAGAAGAAGCCCCGUGGACGCGCCCACAAGCGCAUGCAAUACAAUCGCCGUUUCGUCACCGCUGUGGUUGGCUUUGGCAAGAAGAGAGGACCCAACUCAUCUGAGAAGUAGAGAAGCUUUGAAAGGAUGAAGAACUCUUAGUAGUUUAAGAAUGCUUUAGUUAUAUUGAAUUUUUAUGUCAUUUUUCAAAGACCCUUAAUGCUGGUUGCUAGUUAAUAGAGAUUCAAGUAUUGGGCAAUGUUGGAUUUUUGUGUUCUGAAUCUGAUUUACUUGGAAGUAAUGUGAUUUUGUUUCUGGA